AUGGGAUAAAUAGUUGGAAAAUGUAAAAGUUUGGGAUUACAUAAUCAAGAUAUAUUACCAUAAAUAGAAAUUGAAAAAGAGGUUAAAAGUGAAAUCAUAAAAGGUUUAAAAUAAAAGUUAAAUGAAUUUGAUGAAUUUGCAAUAUAAAAAGUGACUACUUAUAGUUUAAAAUUUGAUGGAUUGUUUAGAAAAUAAGAUAUAAUAAAGGAGAAGGUAUAGAAUAAAGUAAAAAGAUAAUAGAUUCGCUGGGUUUAGUGAAACCAAUGGAUUGUGAGAAAAUAAAAUAAAUAAAUGAAGAUUCAGAUAUAAAAUUUAAAUGUGGUAUAAGUUUGGGACAUCCAAUUAAUAUGGUUUUUAAGACUAUUCGUGGAUCUUCAAUUGAACUUAAUGAUAGUGGAUACAUAUUAUUAAAAUUAUGGGGUUUUGGGGAAAUGAUGAUAAAUUUUUAAUAGUGUAUUAAGAUAUAAGGAAUUAAAAUAAUAGGAUUAGUGAGAGGAGGAGAUAUUGAAUGUUAUAAAAAAGUUAUUAAUAAUAAUGGAUGGGAAGAAUAUGAUCAUAUUAUUAUUGAUGAUGAGAACAUUCUAGAUCUAUAAUAUGACGAAUAAACUCAUGAAAUUAAUCAUAAUUCUAUUCUAAGUGGAUUAUUACUAUAUGAUGGAAUUGUAAUUUAUAAACAUUAUAUUGAUAAAUUACAAUUCUAAUGUGAUUAUCAAAUUGUUAAAAAAGAUGUUUUAGACAUUAUUGAGAAUGGUAUAAAAGAAGCUAAUUUAAUUAAUUUUAUUGCAAAGAUUUCUUAUAUUAAAAAAUAAGAUUAUAUCAAAUUAAAAUAGUUUAUAUUGACAUAAAAAAAGAAUUCAUUUAGUAGAGAUGUAGAAGUUACAAUAAAAAAGAAAACUAUUUAUUUUAAAGAAGAUAAAUAAAUAUAUUAUGAUUAACCAAUUAUUUUAAUUAAUAGUUCUCCAAAAUCAUUCUCUAUUGCAGAUAAAUUUGCAACUUAAUUAGAAAAAAAAAAUAUCAAAUGGGAUUCAAAAUUGUUAAAAGCUAAAUUAAAUGAAAGAAUAAAAGAAUAUUCUUUAAAUGUUUAAAUUGCUUUAUAAAAAGAUAUAAUAAUUUAAAUAACAAAAGAAUCUUGUGAAAUAUAAAUUCAUCAUUGGGAAAAAGGAAUUUUAGUUCCUUAUUAUAAAAAUUUAGAAUAUAUAUCUUAAAUAAAAUAAUGGAUUAAAGCAACUUAAUUCAUCAAAUAUGAACCUAAUUAAGAUCCAGUAUAAGAUAGAAUAAGUUAUUUGGUAGCUAAUUUAUUUUAAACUAUUCCAAAAGUUGAUAAAGUUCUUGGUACUAAAUAUGCAAAUAUUCCUUUUGUUGAAAAAUGGAAACCUCCUUAUGAUUAAUUUGAUCCUCAUCAUAAAAAUUUAGAAAUUCAUCGCAAAUCUGAUAAAAUAUUAUUGAUUUGGCUAUUUGAUUAUGAAAUAGAUGAGAAUGUUGAAAAAUUAAAAGAAUUAAUCAAAUUUAAAAAAAAUAAUCCUUAAAUUGGUUUAUAAAUUGCGAUAUUAGGUUAUAUUAAAUUUAAUACAUGGACUACAAAAUUUUUGAAUUUCUUAGAUAAAUAUGAAUUAACUAAAGCAAUUUUGGAUAAUACAAUAGAGACUUGGUUUCCUCAAGAGGAAUAAUUAGGAUAAUUUAGAUUUAACAUUAUACUUUAAAGAAUAUAUGGUUUAAUGUUAGAUAAAUAAGAUAUUAUGAUUAUUGAUUCUCAAGGAAUUGUUAGAGUAAUUGAUAAUAGCUAUGAAAUUAUUAACAAUUUAUCUUAAGAAUUUGAUAAAUUAAAUGAGAAAGUAAAAGUUACUGUAAAAAAUUAGUAUUAUUAUACAUAAAAUUAGUAAUUACUGGAGGUAAUAUUAGAAUUUAAAAAAAUGUAUUCGAGAAAAUCCUUAAUUAGCUGAAAUUGUCAAAAACAUUUAAGAUAAAGGAAUAGUAGAGGAGAGUAAAGUACUAAUAGAGUAAAUGAAAGAUAAAGUUUGGUCUUUUGAAAAUGGACAAAUAUAAGAGGAAAAAUGGCAUGAAUAACCAACUAGAAUAUUAAGAAGUAUAAAAGAUUUUACAGAUAUUAAUGAAAUGGCCAGAAUUAUUGCAAGAUAUAUUGAUAAUAAUGAUAUAUGUGCAUUGAAAUGA